ACAGUUAAUCAGGGUUAUACUAUAUCUCUUGAGGCCGGGUACACAAAUGGAUCCCCUGCUACUCAUGAAUAUCUCCGCCCGGACCCUACUUUUACAGAGCGAGGGUGAAGGUUAGCGAGUUUCUCAUACGGUCUUCGCGGAUCCGCCCAGGAAGUGGCAGACAGGGCAGACAGAGAGAGAGAGCAGCAGCAGCAAGCAGCGACACAUCCGAGGCACUAACGAUUACUCCCACCACUUGUUAAAAAGUUUAGAAAAUAUUAUUCACAAACGCCAGCUGUUCAUCCACGUUAAGCGUAGCAAAUGUGCCUUUUGAACCUAUUUUGGACGGUUGCGGCUCGCUGGAUUUAGAUGAAAAAAAUAUGUAUGAAUGGCGGGUUUUUAUCUUACUUUGCGUAACGUGAGUGUACCGCGAGGGAGCAAGGUGCUUUUUACCCGAGAGGUUUAGAUAAGCUAAGUUAUUGGACUUCAAGAAGAGUUUUGAGUGUGUCAAGUAACAGCACUUUUGUGUUUAUUUAUUUAUUUUUUUUACUUGUCUGGAUCCUGUUAUCAUGACGCCUGACCUCUUGAACUUCAAAAAGGGAUGGAUGUCAAAACUGGACAACAGUGGGGAGUGGAAGAGGCAUUGGUUUGUUCUGACUGACGCUGGGCUGAAGUAUUACAGAGACUUGAGUGCAGAGGAGAAAGAUGACUUGGAUGGGGAGAUUGACCUAAAAUCCUGUAUGAAGGUGUCUGAGUUUGAUGUGGAGAAGAAUUAUGGGUUUCAGAUUCAGACGCGGGAAGCUGUGUUCACAUUGUCUGCCAUGACUGCGGGGAUCAGGCGGAACUGGAUAGAGGUUUUAAAGAAGUGUAUUCGGCCCACAAGCUCUCCAGACCUCACACAAUUACCGGACAGCAACAGUGACAAGGAAAACUCCCACACACGCUUUUUACUGUCUUCCCAUCGCCCACCUUCACGUCACGGUGACGUUCAGUCAGAAGUUUCGACCUCCGCCACUCCAACUCAGCGCAGGUUUGACUACGUAGAACUAUCUCCUGUUCCCACCUCCACCCUUCUCCCAGCCAGUCAAAGAGAAGCAGGAGAAGGGCAAGGGAGAGAGCACAGCCAAUGGCAGGAGGAGAAGAACACAACCAGCCAAUGGGAGGCUGUACUGUCAAGGAAAGGCACGAGCAUUGGAUCAAACCAAAGGUUACGCAUGGAGGACGAAAUAGAGAGAAAGUGGGCUGAGUUUGAACGUAUGCCGUUAAAGGAGAUGAGCUCUGUGCCACCAAUGGGCUCCCGGCCUUCUAGCCAGUCGGCCAGUGAGGCGCUGCAGAGGGAGGUAGUGGCGUCACUAAGGCAACAGUUGGAGCAACUACAACAGGGGGGAGGAGGAGAAGGGAGAGUUGGAGGAAAUGUGCGAGGCGGCUGUGGCUCUGAGGCGUCCUGCAACCGCAGCCUGACAGCCAUGGAGCAUGCUCACCGGCACGCGUUGGAGGAGCUGCAGAAGCAGCAUGAACGUCGGAUUAGGGAGCUGGAGAGCGAGAAGAGCAGGCUGCUGCUGGAGGAUUCUCAGGACACAGCACAAGUGAUGGAGGCUUUGAACAAGAAACACAAAGAAGAGCUGGAGAGAGAGGUGGAGAGGGUGAGGAGGCUGAGCAGCGGGGUGAUAGACUCACAAACUUUGCGAGCUCAGCAACAGGCAGAAACUCAGGCCUUGCAGGGAGAGCUGAACCGUCUAUCUGAACGCUUCUCUCAGAAGUGUGUGGAGCUAAACCGAGCUGAGCAGAACAACGCUGAGAGGGAAAGAGAAAUCAGCCGCAAGGAGAGAGAUAUAGAGCAACUGAGGAAAGAGAACUUGGAUUUAAAGGCCUGUUUCACAGGGGAGAUGAUUCGUAUACAGUCUGCCAUCACAGAUCAAAGCUCAGACGACAGCAAAGACAGGAUGCCCUCUGAACUAGAGGUUCUUCUCAGGAUGAAAGAAGUCGAGAUCGAGUUCUUGUACAAAGAGAUAAGCUGUCUAAGGAAUGAGCUACAAUGUCUAAUCAUGGAAAAGCAGCUGGCCUGUGAGCGAUAUGCCGAAGUAAACGGGGAACUGAGUGGGAUGAAAGGCCGAACUGAGCGAGAGAUUCUGAAUCUGAAGGAGCAUUUAAGGUUGGCCAUGGCUGCUUUGCAGGAGGGGCAAAAGCUGGGGAACAGUCUGGACCACUGAGAGGCAGCAGCUGGAACUAAUGCUCUAGGAGGCACAGUGACAGGUUUUUCUUUCCAGUCACCAUGGGAACCAAAUCAAAGAGAGACACAAAUCAGGGGAUUUUGUGUUGGAUCUGUACAGCUGUGUGAAGACCUUAAUAAUGACUUCACUUUAAUCAUUCUGCCAAUGAUUAGCCAUUAGUGCGUUUCAUUACACUGGGCCACAUAUGAUAUAUUAAAGUGCACUUUCCAUGUUUUUUAUCUUUGCUUUUGUGAGUGCAAGCUUGUAUAAGUGCGCAUUUGGUCUAAAAACUGGAUUCUUUGUAUUUUUAUUACUUGUUGGUAUUGUAGACAAAGAGGUUCAUAUGCUUUUUUGUUUGGUUUUUGCAUUGACAAACCACUCAUUGUCUGUCUGUUGCCUGAGACAGCAUGGAUCAGAAGACCUACUGUCACCAGUUUUCUGUUGUAUAGCUUUUGAUUCGUUUACUUUGUGAAAAUGGUACACAUUUCUUAGGAAAUGUGUUUAUUUGUUGUAAAUUUUUAUUAUUAUUUUCUAUUUUACCAACAAAUGUUUUCUGCUUAUGUUCUAUUGUUUGUGAAUGCAAAGCUCUGGAAGUAUUGAUUAAGAUUAAAACAUGACAUGGCAUGGCAGGCUAAAUGGAGAAAUUAAUGUAUAAUUGUAAAGAAACACAUUCCAGUUUAACUUCAGUUGGCGAUUCUUGGAAAGGCAACUGAGUGGUUGUUCCACGUCACACUUAUCUUUUUUUUUUUAAAGCCAUGGAUUAGAAUUCCCAAGUCUCAUAAUUUCAGCAGUUUCUUUUCUUUCUUUUUUUUUUUGGCAUAUUCUGCAUGUGCCACACAACAACUAACAAUUUUUAAUGAGCCAAUUUUUUAAUAUGUAUAUUUCUUGUUGAUAAAAAGUAUUGAUAAAAUUACACAUCUACCUAACUUUUGAAAACAUUUUCAUAUUUAAUAUACUGUAAAUCCUGUAAGGACUUUGUAAAUUAUACUCAUUUUUUGCAAUCAAUAAAGUAACUUUAGCA